AGCUUUUCUUGUCUCGCUGCGGCCCGGUUCGGUGUAGCGCCUCCGCUGUUUCCUAGGGUGCUGCGUGGACUGUGCCGCUGCUCUGUGGCUCUGUGUCGUCACACACCGCGGGAGGGAGACCUAGGAGGACGUGGGGACAUCCCGGAAGCCAGGAAAUGGACUCAGUGGCCUUUGAAGAUGUGGUUGUGAACUUCACCCAGGAUGAGUGGACUUUGCUAGAUACUUCACAGAAGAAACUCUACGGAGAUGUAAUAUGGGAAACUAUCGAGAAUCUGGACUUUACAGGGAGAAACUGGGAAGACGAGGAUAUUGAAGAGAAGUAUGAAAAUGCUAUAAAAGAUCUAAGAAAUCCUAUAUAUGAAGGGAAAGAAAUUAGUCCAUAUGGGGAAACCAUCAGUCAUGUCACAGACAACAAUGUGAAAGAGCAAACACCUCCUACAGUCAAAUCAUGUGAAACCAGUGCAUAUGGAGAAGGAUUCGUUGUUCCUUCAUCUCCUAGUGGGUAUAUGAGCUCUGACAUAGGGCAGAAGCCAUAUGAGUGUCUGGAAUAUGCAGAGAAGCCAUAUAAACAUACACAAUGGGGAAAACCUUUCAUCUUUCUCGUCACGGUCGGAAAACACAUAGAAACAGGAACUGAUGUUGAACCUUAUAAAUGUCACAUAUGUGGGAAGACCUUCGAUUAUCUCCACUUAUUUCAGGUACAUGAGAAAACCCACACCAUAGUGAAACCCUAUGAAUGUAAGAUAUGUGGUAAAGCCUUUUAUUGUUUUACUUCAAUUAAAAAUCAUGAAAAAUCUCAUGAUGGAGAUAAACUUUAUGGAUGUAAAGAAUGUGGAAAAGAGUUCACUUGUCUCACAGAUAUGCAAACACACAUGCUGUUGCAUCAUGGAUAUGAACGGUAUAAAUGUAAGGUGUGUGGGAAGGGCUUUGAUUUCCCCUGUUACUUGCAAAUGCAUGAAAGAACUCAUAGUAGGGAGAAACUCCAUCCCUGUAAGCAGUGCGGAAAAUCCUUCAUUUGUUCCAGUUAUCUCCGAAAACAUGAAAGAAAUCACAAUGCAGAGAAACUCUAUGAGUGUAAUGUGUGUGGGAAAGCUUUCAAGCAUUUAUAUUCCAUUCGAAUCCAUGAAAGGACUCACAGUGGAGAGAGACCCUACGAGUGCAAGGAAUGUGGGAAAGCCUUCCGUCACUUACAUUCCUUUCGAAUCCAUGAAAGGACUCACAGUGGAGAGAAACCCUAUGAGUGUAAGGAUUGUGGAAAAGCCUUCAGUCAUUUACAUUCCUUCCGAGUACAUGAAAGGACUCACAGUGGAGAGAAGCCCUUUGAGUGUAAGGAAUGUGGGAAAGUCUUCUUUCAGUUAGGUUCCUUUCGAAUCCAUGAAAGGAUUCACACUGGAGAGAAACCCUACGAGUGUAAGAUUUGUGGCAACAGUUUCAGUCGUGCCUAUGACUGUCAGAGACAUCUAAGAACUCACACCGGAGAGAGACCCCAUAGGUGUCAGCAUUGUGGGAAAGCAUUUGCUUGUCUCUCUCACCUUCAAAGACACGUGAUUAUGCAUACCGGAGAUGGACCUUACAAAUGUGAGAUAUGUGGGAAAGCAUUUAGUUGGCCCAGUUCCUUCCGUGAGCAUGAAAGAACUCACACAGGAGAGAAACCCUACGAAUGUAAGCAGUGUGGGAAAGCCUAUCGUUCUUCCCGUUAUUGUCGAAAACAUGAAAGAAGUCACAGUGGAGAGAAACCCUAUAAAUGUCAACUAUGUGGGAAAGGCGUUGUUUCUCUCAGUUCCCUUCGAAAACACGAAGGACUUCACUCUGCAGGGAAACCUUACGAAUGUAAGCAAUGUGGGAGAGCCUUUCGUUAUGCCCAUCAGUUACAAAUACAUGGAAGAACACACAACAGGGAGAAACCUUACAUGUGUGAAGAAUGGGAAAUUAUUCAGUUUACCCCAUCUCUUUAGAAUACAUGGAAGAAGUCAUACUGGAGAAAAACCAUAUGUAUAAGGGCUGUGGGAAAGCCUUUCACUGUUCCAGUUCUCUUCAAAAUCACGAAAGAAUUCAUACUAUUGAGAAACUCGAGGAAGAACACAAGAAAGCUUUUAUUAUCAUACAACUUUGCCACACAGGAGAACACAUGAGAAGAAAACUUCCAUUGAUAUAAGCAUAUGAAAAAGUCUUUAUUUGUUUCAGUUCAAAACCAUGAUAGAAAACAUGGAGAGAAAUAUCUUCAGUAUGAGCAAUAUUGCAGAAGUCUCCACUUAGUCCACAGGUAAGAGUGUACACAGGGUCAAAAUUAUGUCAGUGUGAAAACAGAAGAAAUUUUCCAGUUGUAAAAUAUUUUGUUGAACUCAUGAAAACUCAUGCAGAAAUUCUUCAGAUGUUACUAACAUGAACAGUCUAUGCCAAGUAAUUUGUUUUAAAUACUCCAUAGAACAUAAAACAGAAAGGAAAUGUCAUGAAAGUUAUAAACGAGUUAUCUUUAGCUCAUACCUAAAGUGGAUCACUGGACAAUGGAGUUCUAAUGUGGAAAAGAAACAUUGAGUUAAGAGAAUUUUGUACAUACUAUGUAAGCAAUGGUGUAUGUGUUUAGUAGAUAGUGUUUUUUGGUCUUGUUGGUUAUUUUUUAUUGUCAGAGGGUACGUGCACUCCCAAGUUAGAAAGCGAGAGAAUACCAGCACCUCCCCCAUCCCACCCCACCCCACCCCCAUUGUACAUGGUCGUACCAUAAUCCUUUUUUACUUCGUUUCUCCAGCUUUUCAGAAUUUGGGUUUGCACAUACAUGCACCUCUGUUUUUCAGCAGGGGCCUUCAUUUGAAUCAUGGUCAGCCAUGUCAGAUCCAGCUCUCUAUGCAGUACACUUAACCUCUGUGCUAUAGAGCUAGCUGAGGAAAAAAAGUGUUUUCUUUGGUUUUGUUUGUUUUUUUUUUUUUUUUGAUUAAAUUUAUCUUUUUUCAUUUAGAAGUGUAUUUAGUUCAUGGGUAAUUCAAAUGUAUCUCUAGUAUGUAAGCCUUUUAUUUUUUUUUGUAAUUCAGUUUUUGAGUUCUCUUAUGAUUAACACUGCUAAAAAAUGUCUUUGUGAAUUGUAAUUUUUCUACUUGCCUCAUGUGGCAUUUUUUAAAAACUUUUAAUCACAAUAGAAAUAUGCAUGUAUAAAUUCAUGGGAGAUAUAUGAGCAGUCUCCACAGAUUCUGCUCAUGCUGUGAUUUCUCCUCCUCCCACUCUCCAGUCUGUCAGAUCCUAGCCGCUUGCACGCAUGCCAGGCAUGUGCCAGGCUGACUGGGCCAUACAUUCGAACUAAGCUUCCUAUAUGGGAUCCACUUUUCUUGAGUGGUGCAUUACCACAGUGUCAUGGAGCUCGAUCAUCACGUGGUGGUUUUUAAAUCUUCGUUACUAUUUCUUUUACUUGGAUAAUGGAGUUCGAAUUAAGAGGAGAGACCUGUAUUUGGACUAUACGAUCUAGAAAUAGAGAUUUCUAGAUUGUGUUAAGUUGGUGUUGGUGAUGUUGGGAAGCAGAUUUCCCAGAACUCAUUCCCUUCAUGGUCCCAUGUAGAAUAUAGCAAUAGAGUAACUCACAUUAGGUUUGGAAGGCAGACGCGAAGAAGUCAUUAGUCAGAUGAUGGAGGCACUAUGGAGGGAGACGUUACAGGUGCAUCCAGACUGCCCAGACACCUGCCUCCGGCCCAUUUUCUGGUAGUUUGACUUGGCAAUGAAGAAUGUCUGCUAAACCUCCAUCAGUUAUCUGACUUCCUUUUUCCAAGAGGUUUAGAUUGCCACAGAUGUCUUCACCUCAAGAUCAAUCUCCACUUUGGGUUUUAUUGCAAUGGCUCAUGUGUGUUGACCAGGCAAUCAGUGGUUCAAAAUCUUCUGUGAUGCUGUGACUGCU